GCACAGUAAGAAAGCAUUUCGGUGUUCUAGUCAAAAGCUUCUCCGGAUUUUGCCGCCCGUUCGGAAUCGCCACCCAGCGAAGUGCAUCUUUCUUAUCUCCCUGAGUGACUCGGCUGCUCCACAUUCCACGAAACAUCUCCCUCAUCGAUCGCCUGCAGCAUAUACACAAGGCCCACUACUGCGAUGGCGACACGAAAUAUUUUGAAACAAAAUGCCAUGCACAUUGUCCCCCUUCAGCUGCUAUAUAAGCGGCUACUCGCCGCGCCACAAGAGAACUCUCUCGCUUGUCGAAAAAAAGACACACGCACACGCACACGCAGGAGUACAGGAGACAGUAGAGGCUGCUACAAUGGACAUGGGACGCAUGCAUGCCAGGAGGCUUCUGUCGCACGCCGCGGCGACGCCGGCGGUCGCGGCGCCCGGCCCGUCCGGGCAGACGCCGCCCUCGAGCCCCUUCGGCUCCGUGGACGCGACGGUGAUCUCGAUCCUGUCGCUGCUCCUCUGCGUCCUCGUCGUGGCGCUCGUGGUCCGCGCGUUCGUCCAGUGCGCGUGCCGCGUCACGCGCCGCGUGUGCUACGGCCCGGCGGAGGCCCCCGGCGACGCAGAGGCCGGCGGCCUGGAGAGGACCGUGCUGCACGCCGGCGCCAGCGCCGGCGGCAAGAAGAAGCGGGCGGGCAAGGGCGCCGCCAUCCGUGCGAUCCCGACGAUGGAGUACUCGGCCGAGAUCGAACUCACCGUGUGCUGCUCCACCGAGUGCGCCAUCUGCCUCGCCGACCUGAAGCAGGGCGAGCGCGUCCGCGUGCUGCCGCGCUGCCACCACGGCUUCCACGUCCGAUGCAUUGACCGAUGGCUCUCCGCGCGCCAGACGUGCCCCACCUGCAGGCAGGAGCCGUUCGCGCCGCAGGCCCGGCCCGAAGAGGCGGCCGCCGUGCAGGUGCACGUCGACGCUGCACAGCUCGAGAUGGUCUAGACAACCUACAUGCGUGAAAAAUCGUUCGAUGAAAAUUGUACAGUACUAGUGAACGGUGGAAAAAAAAUAUGAAUAGUGAACAAUUUUGCAGCUUUGUUGUCGUCUGUGAUACCGUGGUCGCUCAUCCUUAUUUUUAUAUUUGUUGAGGCAGUAGAAGUGACCCGGGUCCGAUGAAAUGAGAGGCGUGUGAAACCACAUGGGUAAACUUUUGUGCAAUUUAUGUUUUUGGGAUAUUUUUAUAUGCAAAUUAUGCCUUCUGUUGGACAACGAUGUUCAGGCUAUCCUGGUGACCAGGUUCGUUGGUCCGACAUGAAGAAAGUUGGAGUAGCAAAUUAUCUGAAAAAAAAAUAGAAGUGGCCCACUAGAGCACUCAAGACAUCCGGCCCAAGUACUGCUAGUGUUUGUUUUUAUACGGUCAUCCCUUCAAGCGGCCUAGCCCAUUAGCUCAUUUUCUUUUCUCGCCCUUCUUUUCUCGCACGGUGCAUACACAGGCAUGUUCAGAAAACAUACACACACUACCCUAAGAAAAAAGAAACAUACACAUACA